AUGGAAAGAGCCCCUGAAGGAAACCCCAGACCUGCAGUGGACCGCAUGUCAGCAGGGCAAAUGGUGGCCGGAGUGAUGACGUCAUGUGGAUAUGCAAAUCUACCAACAGCCAGACGGCUCGGCCAAUGAGCGAAUUGGGGAAAGAUGGUACCAAGACAAUGUAUCCAAUGAGAAGUGGAUAUUUCCCCUGGGGCCGGGACGCCCGGGAAAUAUAAAAUGAACUUUCGGAGGCUGCGAGACACUUCUUUUCGGUGAAGCAAGAGACAGUUAACUACAAAUGGUUUAGCCAGGAGUGGUCUGUGGAUUGUGAAGCCUUAGAAGUCCUCGGCCGAGAAUUUAUACUCUGUAUCUGAACAGUUAUUAGUUAUUAUCAACGAUUGGUUAUACUUUUUAUUAAAUACAUUUUAUUAUAACUUUUCGACUCCGGACAUUUUCUUCGGUUCAGCACCAGGGGAUUUCUGAAUACUUAACAGUUUGGUGACCCCGACGUGAUUCCUUGGUGUUUUGGAUCGAGGAGGAACCGAGUUGAACAUCUGGAAGGAUCACUCUCCCCCACUCACACGAGGCCUCACAACAAGGCCCAUCAGUACCUGAUCUUCUCAACAAUGCCGGAAUCUGCUUCAACCGACACUCCAGGCACUUGGAUCGAGAACGUCCUCCAUGCUGCUAUGUAUACGGUACAGCAAUCAGACAGACCGAGUGACUCCAAGACACUGAGGAAGCACGUUCAGCAAUGGCAUGCAGAGGGCUUACUCGACAUAACAACCCAGGACGGCCCAACAGAAGACCAAAAGCUGAUGUUUAUGAAGGUGCUGAAGCUGCGACACAAAGCAGCGCAAGAACAGCAGAAGGAGAAAACUUGGUUCAAGUCCCGAUCGACAGACGUCGCCAAGACUGGUGAUGCUGUGAUCCAGGCGAGACGCCUGCUACAUGGCUUAACGGUGCAGGAAGACAGAAAAGCCAGGAAACAACAGGGCCUGCAGAAUGGAACAGCAGCCCCGAACGCUCUCAAAGAAGAAGCUCCCCCGACUAAAACCCUGCAUAAAGAAGAUCCCCCGACUGAAAACCUGCAUAAAGAGGCAGCCCCGGAACCAAGGCCAUCAAGCCCAGCCCCCACCCCCUCCAUCUACCCCAAUUUAGAUCAGUACCCUCCCCCAUACGCCACACCUAGGAGUGAAGCCCCCCACCUUAUGGCCCCAGUAGUUGAACUCAAAGGAGGCAGAGUUGAGUUUGAGUACAGCACAGACCUUACUGCAGACAGCAAAGAUACUACAGACCUACUUAGCAUGGUCACACAGCUGCAGAAGGAUUUAGCUGAGUCCAGGACAAGGGAGCGACAGCGUGAGGAACAGAUGGAAGAGGAGAGGAGAGAAGAGAAGAGAAGGGAAGCUAGGGAAUUCCAGCAAAGAGAGGAGGAGAGAUGGGAGUCUAGGCUUUUAGAGAGAAAGAGAGAAGAAAAAGGAGGCCCAGAAAGAUCAUCUUAUUGUGCCCUCCCCGACCAAGAUCGUCCCCAUAGACAAAACUGGGAAAGUGAAACCAGACCCCUCCCCAACCCUUCAAUGCCACUCACCCAAGAGCGCAAACGGAGGAAUAGUGCCCCCUUUUCCCCACCUCCAGCAGAGACCCCCCUUCGCAAACACCCAGCCAACCUAGGCAACACAGCAAGUGGGGGAGCCAGAUCAUCGAUCCAGGCCCCUGCAUCACCCCCCCCUCCACCUGAAGAAGAUCGCCACCUGCUUAACUUUACUGGCAAAAUAGCCCUACCUGAAUGCUGGAGCAGAGACAAAGGCCCUCAAGGAACACAAAGUAGGCUCCGGGGAAGAUCCAACAUCAAGUCCGGGACUACAAGUUCACAUGCCCAAAAGUCAGGCGAGGAAAGCGAAGAAGAGGAAAGCGAAGAAGAGGAAAGCGAACAAGAGGAAAAUAAGACCCAAUUACAGGCCCCAAUCCUGACUCUGGCAGAUGGACGGAAGCAAUACCAUCCGUACACCCCAAAAGACAUCCCCUUAGUGAUGGAAAAACUGCCCCCGUUGAUGUCAGGAGGAGCCCCUUGGAUAAGAGCCCUCAAUGCAGCCACCAUGGGCACGUCACUGGCUAUGGGUGACAUGAGAGCCAUCCUGGUUCAGUGUUCCAGCCUGUUAGAAAUGCAGGAUGUGCAGAGACAAGCUGGAUGCGAGCGGCACCAAGACGGUGUGGAGAUGGCAAAUUUGGGACCAAACCUGUUUGACUCUAUCAGAGCCAAAUGGCCUUUUCAUCCUGACCUCGCCAAUUUAGACAGCAUCAAACACAUCCCAGGAGAAGAAGCUAUGGUCUACAUAAAGAGAGCAGCAAACGCAUGGGAAGCAGGCACAGGAUCCAGACAUGACCUGAACCCCGCCACCAUGGCUCUAUGGAAGAAUGCCGUGGUCCAGGGAUUACCAACACCUGCGAUGAUCAAGAUGAGAGAAACAGCUGGACUAAAGAACGCCACUAUAGAAGUCUGGCAAGAGCACAUCACCCUCCAAUUACAGCUCCAGCAGGAAAAGUCUAAAGAGGAUGAGGAAGGAAAAUUAAAGAUGGAGCUGAGACUGUUGAAGAUGCAGUUGGCGGAAAAGGAUGAUGCUGCAGCAAAGAAAAACGUUAAGCCCCAUAAACAAAUGUCAGCCAUUGAAGACAUCACGCGAAUUGAAGAAAUAGUGGAAAGAGCUCUGGCAAAGAAAAACGAUGCCAAGAAAGAAGACCAGCAACAAGAAGAACCUGUCCCUUGGACGCCAAGUGGACCACCCAGAAGAGGAGGCUUCCGAGGCCAUGGAGAUGAAUACGACCAGACAUGUUACAACUGUGGCAAAAUGGGCCACUGGUCCACGAACUGUUACCAGCCACCUCGACGAGGAAGAAGGCGGGGAGGCCCCCCCAAAAGAGGAGGUGGAGGAGGACCCAGACAAAACAUCCCUCACCACCUUCAACUGCCCACAAGGGCAUAUGAUCAAGAGUGGGAAGAAGACCGAAGAGACUACUGACGAGGCCCAGAGGACCCCGGCCAGGUGAUGAUUGUUCCAAUGGGAAAAGAACCUAUUAUUACCUGUGUCAUAGACGGAGAGGAAAAAGAUCUAAUGGUGGACACCGGUGCCUCAGCAUCAUGCAUUGCAAAAUUACAUCAUGUGGAACCACCACUCUCCGCUCGAACAUUAUCAGUGGUAGGGUACUCGGGAAAGCCACAGAAACAACACUUCACGCAACCAUUGAAAACACAAGUGGGCAAAGCAAUCAUUGACCAUUCAUACCUGCAUGCUCCCACCUCACCCAUUGACCUAGCCGGCAGAGAUCUGCUAAGAAAGCUGGGCAUCUCAAUAUUGUGUUCCCCAGAUGGACUAUAUUUGACAGCUCCGGGAGGACUGAUACUGGGACCCCAACAGGCCGGACAUAGAAUAAUGUUCAUGGCUCCAGACACCUCGCCAAGUGCAGCAAGCUCGACCAGAGUAUACUGGACUAAAUUACAGCCAGAGACCCCAGAUGCUCCGGGCAUCAUCAAGGCCCUAAUGGAAUGGAAGCCAUGGAUCAUGACGCAACACCCUUACGUCAUGCCAGAAGAUCCUUACCACUGCACCUAUAAUCACAUCACUACCGAUGAUGAUUCCUAUCAACAGGCAUGGGACGAAGAAAAGGAGGGUGAGACAGAAAUCCUCAGAAGUGGAGCCAUAAUCAUCGGUGAAGAAGGAGUGGCUGCAGAAUGCCUUCUAACACCAGAACAACGCAGCUGGUAUGAGUUGAGUCCAGAUUCCGCCCCUCACAUUACACUGAUGAUAGGAGUGGGACAUGAAGCAAGGAAUCUUGGCCCCAUGAUGAAGAAAGUCUCAAGAGAAAAGUGGAUCCCCACCAACUCCCCAUAUCUGUUUCAUACUCCAGAUGGCGACUAUUGGAAAAUACUCCAACACUCAAACUCAAUUGGCACACUGCAGCAAUGUGACCUGGACAGAAAUCAUGGCAGAGAACAUUCAAACCAUCCCGCGGCAGAAAAAAUGCUUGAAAACGUUCCUCCUCAAAUAUGGUCGACAGGCGACUAUGACGUUGGACACACCACUCAACACAAUGUGGUGGUGACUUUAAAACAAGGUCAGGAAUCGAUAUGGCGUUAUCAGUAUCCCCUUAAAUCUGAACAAAGAGAUGGUAUACGAGAAACAAUCGGAGGACUCUACAAGGCAGGUGUACUGAUUGAUGCAGAGUCAAACUGGAACACCCCCAUACUGCCAGUUCCCAAAUCCAACAACAGGGGAUGGAGAAUGGUGCAUGAUCUCAGAGCUAUCAAUCAUGCCACAGUCCCUCAAAACAUCCAAGUGCCUGACCCAUACACAGCAUUGGCAAGCCUGUCACCAAGGCAACAGUACUUCACUGUCAUCGAUCUGGCUAAUGCUUUCUUUUGCCUACCACUGGAUAAAGCAAGUAGAGACAUGUUUGCUUUUACAUAUGAAGGUCGUCAAUACACUUACUCCAGAAUGCCCCAAGGCUACAGAGAUAGCCCAGGACUGUUCAAUGCAGCACUGAAGCAAGACCUCAAAGACCUCUUCAUGCCGCAAGACACAGUUCUCAUUCAAUAUGUAGAUGACCUACUGUUGGCUGCACCAACGGCUGAAACCUGCCUCAAAGUAACA